AUGACCAAGGUUGCUCUUAUCACCGGCGGCACUAGUGGGAUCGGCCUUGCAGUUGCCAAAGACCUGAGCCAGACCGAUAGUUGGCAGGUCAACAUUAUCGGCAGCAAUCAAGAGCGAGGUCAAGAAGCAGCAGCUUCCCUCUCAAAUGUCACAUUCUACCAAGCCGACGUGCGAAAUUACCAACAACUAGCCGCGGUAUUUGACCAGAUAUUCAAUGCCACUGGUCGGAUAGACUUUGUCUUCGCGAAUGCCGGAAGAGCAGACUAUGCCGAUUUCUUCGCCGAGUGUGAAACCGGCAUCCCGCCCGACCCGGGUUCCGAAAUUGUCGAUAUCAAUGUCAACGGCGCUUUAUAUACCAGUUAUCUUGCGAUGCAUUAUUUCCGUCGUUCUCCAGAGUCGACGAAAGGGCAUAGAAACUUGAUACUCACGUCGAGUAUCGGCGGACUAUACCCGUGUAUGCUAAGUUCAGUGUACUCUGGUACUAAACACGCACUCGUUGGAUUCACCCGUUCUGUCGGAGAGCGGCUUUGGGCAGAGGGGGUCCGGGUUAAUGCUCUGUGCCCUGGAGUGGUGGAAACGCCCCUUUUAGCCGUUGAGGCAUUUUACAAAAUCUACCCACGGGAUAUAUUUAUCCCUAUGGACGUUGUAACAGGUGUAGUAUCACAGCUACUGUCUGGUGGGGAUAUGGUAGACGCUAAAGGGAUGCGUGUGGCUGGGGAUGAGAUGCAUUCCCGGGCUGUGCACGUUUCAGGAGAGAGCUUCCUUUUCAUUGAAAAGCCCGAGAUUCAUGACGAGCAGACCCAAAUGACCUGGGCUGCAAUGAUGGGACAUAAAUAA